CUCCGCCCGCGCCCCGCGGGGCCCGCGCCAUGCGCCGCGAGAGCGACCACCCCGAGGAGAAGGCGCCCGCCGGGGGCCCAGGCGGUGCCAUGCGCGCCCGCAAGAGGAAGGCCGAUGUGGCCACGUUCUUACAGGAUCCAGAUGAAGAAAUUGCCAAGAUAGAAAUGAACAGGAAAAAGCAAUAUGAAAACCAGCCAUCUUGGAAUAAUGUUCACAAAAAUCCCCAUAUGCUGAUUCCUACUCCGGAUAAAGAUGAUGAUCCAGUUGGUGUUGAUUACUCUCACUUUAUUCAUUUAAGUGUUGCUCCAACUAGAGCUUCACCACUACCAAUUUUGGGCUGGGCAAACAGAGAUGAUGUAUGGAAAAAUAUGAUAAACAAAGAGGAGAUAUAUCUGAGAGAUAAACUUUAUAUGCAAAGGCAUCCUCUUCUGCAACCUAAAAUGAGAACAAUCCUUCUAGACUGGCUAAUGGAGGUUUGUGAAGUCUACAAGCUUCAUAGAGAAACUUUUUAUUUAGCACAAGAUUUCUUUGAUCGGUUUAUGGCAACACAACAGAAUGUUGUAAAAACACUAUUGCAGCUUAUUGGGAUCUCUUCCUUAUUCAUAGCAGCAAAGCUUGAGGAAAUUUAUCCACCAAAGUUGCACCAGUUUGCGUAUGUUACAGAUGGAGCUUGUACAGAAGAUGAAAUCCUCAGUAUGGAAUUGAUCAUUAUGAAGGCUCUUAAUUGGAACUUAAAUCCACUGACAGUUGUAUCAUGGCUAAACAUUUAUAUGCAAGUUGCCUAUUUAAAUGAGCUUUAUGAGGUGCUGCUGCCACAAUAUCCACAGCAAAUAUUUGUACAAAUAGCAGAGCUCUUGGAUCUCUGUGUGCUAGAUAUCGGCUGCUUGGAAUAUACAUACGGAAUACUUGCAGCUUCUGCUUUGUACCACUUCUCCUCAUCUGAGUUGAUGCAGAAAGUUUCAGGUUAUGAAUGGUGUGAGAUAGAAGAAUGUGUGAAGUGGAUGGUUCCAUUUGCAAUGGCUAUAAGGGAGGUAGGAAGCUCCAAACUCAAACACUUUAGAGGCAUAGCUCCUGAAGACUUGCACAAUAUACAGACGCACAUAAACAGCUUGGAUUUGCUGGACAAAGCUCAAGCAAAACAAGCCAUAUUGGCUGAGCAAAAUAGGACUUCACCUUUCCCCAGCGGUGUCCUUACACCACCACAAAGUAGUAAGAAACAGUCUGCUGGACUAAAACCAAUAUGAGCACAGAAAACGUUGACAGACAGUUUUGCUGAAGUGCCUGUUCUGCUGGUUCUAACUCCUGCUCCAUUAUGGAAAUGCUGCCAAUGAAGUUCAUAAGCUUUUAUAGAAUCUGAAAAGGAAACCUUAUCUUUUUUGUGACAGAAGAUUUUUUCUAUAUGAAAUAUUUUUAUUGAACAUUAAAAUAUUUUAAAUAAAUGGAUCAAGUACACCAGCCACUUAAAAGAACACCGAAGAGUGCCAAAUGCUGCUAAGGAGGGUGAUGCUUGAUGUGACCAACUGUUCAGAAAAAGGGCUUGAAGUUUAGAUUAGUUACUGUGCCUGUCUGUCCUUUGGAAAUCUGGAGUCAUUCUGUCCCCUACUGACAAAUGGGCAUAAAAGUGCUGUGGAAGACUACAUUUCAAAGCCUCUUUUUCGAAUGGUUGGCUUACAACUUGAUGCCUUUUAAAAUUCUUUAUUGUAAAUGCUGCUAUGUCUCUAUGUAUCCAUUUUUAAUAAAAUGCUGUCUAAGACAGCUGGUUUUAUGUAUAUUCCUUUUUUUUUUUUAAUUGUGGUCAGCUAAACUUUUUUCAAGUUGUUAUUGCCAGUAGUGUUGGAAUUUUGGCAGAGGAUGCAGUAGCUAUCACACUUAUUUAUUUGCCAUUACUGGCUUACCAAUGAGAGCUUACUUUCUGGGUACUAAAAUAAAAUUAUUAUGACAUUGUGGUAA